CUUCUCGUUGGACGUGGGUCAUCGCGACGUGUGUAAAAGGGCUCUCUGCAUACAUAGUUUGUAUCCACCUGGUUGGAUGUGAAAAUUCGCGCGGGCUGUUCACUAUUACUAUACAGUCUCUUCACAUGCUUCUGUGAAGACGAGUGUUGCAUGAAACAUACAUAGUGUCGGUAUCGUGUGCGCGUCCGUUUUCUCGAUCCCAGUGUUUUGUGAAAAGUUACUCUUCAAUAACUUAACAUCACCCGUGUGGAUUUACCUGAAAGAGAGUGAAAAGCGACCGUUUGAAAAAAAUCGAGAUCGAGAUUUAGUGUGGUUUUCCCGUUUCAUCCUCGGUCCUUUUCGCUAGCCCAGUGUGAGAUUGCAACGUGCUAACCGUGUGUGUUUAUCAAGUAUAUCAUCACACCAAAAGCAUCCAUACAGUCAAAGGCGACAGAGCGGUGAUGGCGGCGUAUGAAUUACGGUCCGGGCAAUGAUGAAACGCUCGCCCUCUCGAAAUCUACGUCAUAAUUCCACAGACACGUCUAAGAGCAGUCGGUUCCCAUCAAUUUGUUGGUCGCAACCCCCUCAACCUUCGCACGCAAAUAGUGACUUGCGGUCACUAUCCGCCGACGCCACUGACGCUAUCUACGUCAUAACCGAGGGCGUUAGUGUAGUCCACCAUUACUGUUUGUCAGCAUGAGGAAAAGAAAAGUCAAAUGAGGUUUCUCGUCCAACCAUCGCCGGUUCCCAGUGGCCACCAGUUUCAAAGUCGAAGUGGUACCAAAGUGAUAAUUUUAAGUGAACCCAAGAAGCAAACGAAGAAAAAGUGAAAACAAAGUGCAAUACUUAAAAUAGCUGCUGCUGCUGCUGCUGGUACAGGGCGAUAAAGCUGUCAAUACAAAAUUCUGAGCCUCCAUCAGGAGUGCCCUGAACACAAAAUAUCCACCACGAUGAAGUGGAACAAGAAGCCAAAACAAUCGAUAUCGAGCGUCACAUCCAUGUCCUUCCUGUCGGAUGAAAACCUGACAUUCCACCGCUUUUCCGAUGGCACAAUUUCGUUCACGACGGAACGGAAAAAGUCCGCAGAGGGUGUCCUUGGCAAUGGGCUCGGCAAACCGGGCCAAACUCUAACCAUCGACCGAGCGACCCACCGAAAGCAACCCUAUAAUCCCACAUCGUCGACUCCGAUCUGGACCACCCAUACGGCAUUCAACAACUAUACCAGUAACACCAUUUCCAACAGCAAUCACAGCGGUAGCAGUAUUACCGAUAACAACGCCACUACGACCACGGCUGGAAUUCCCACGGCCAGUGAUCUGCGGUAUCUGUCCUCACCGACCAAUGCCAACAAUGUCAGUGUAAUGCACAAUGGGUCCACCGUGAAGCUCCUGUCGACCAAAGUCACCUCCCAGACCAACGUAGCCGCUGAGAGCGAUGAUCAGUCAAACAAACAGUCAAGAUCAUCAAUAUUCCGCGGCGUUAUACUAUGUCUCUGUCUGAACCUGACCUACGCCAAUGUGGCCCGCUUCCCUCGCGAACUGCAACAUCAUGGGUCGGCCUUCCUCGUGCCCUACGUCAUACUACUGCUCCUGGUUGGGCUGCCGGUCGUCCUGCUGGAGAUCUCGCUGGGGCAGUUCCUCGGCCAGGGGUCGGCGCAUAUGUGGCGUGCGGCGCCCUUUCUUAAGGGUGCCAGCUUGGUCGGACGAAUCGCCUCUUGGCUGGCGGCGAUCUGGACCUCGAUGCAUUCGGUGAUUGCGCUACUGUACGUCGGAAUGUUGUCAUUCAAAUCUGUGCCAUUUAGAGAGUGUAAUAAGGCCGUAACGAUCAACCAGCAGUCCAUUCAUGACGGCUACGAUGUGGAACCCAAUAGCGGACAGGAGUGUUUGAAACUAACAUUUCUACGUCCAGUGUGGCGAAGUUCCCUCUACUUCGGACUGCUAGCGUUGAGUUUGAUUCUUUUAUGGGUCAUUUCGAUGGUGUGCACACACAGUGCGAAAAUCAACCGACGAUCAAUAUAUCUAUUUGGAUUUUUGGCGUUGAUAUUGCUGAUCUUUGAAACGGGCUGGGAAGUAACGAAAGCCAUCAACGACGAGUACCUACCUGGGCUGUGGCCAUUUUAUCCGGAAUCAUUCGCUGAUAGCACACUGUGGUUCAACGCACUAGUGCAAGUCAUCUACUCGCUAAACAUUGGCAUCGGAGCCAUACCGGUCAUUACCGGGAAGUUUCUGUACAAAGGAGAUGCCAUAAAAACAUCUUUCGUCUACAUAUUCUUCAACAUCCUCAUCACUACGAUCGCCGUGGUCUUCUACGUAUUUCAAUUCCACAACACUGCGAAUGACCCCCAUCUGCUGUAUCCGGAGCUGACACCGCUGACAGCCAUUUACGACAGGGCCGUAACGGUUCACGAACUGGAUCAGCUCAUUCAGCGAGUGAUCCCCGCCCUAGCUUAUGGGCUACUGUUCAUCUCCUCGAUCGUGUCCGUAACGAUCUACAUCUACACCUCGACUCGCAUGAUUCGGAAACAUCCAAACUAUACCGUGUGUCUAGCUGGCCUAGUUGUCGCAAUAGCUGGACUAUUGUGCCCGAACUACAUCUUCCCGCGGAUACUCGACACACGAAUCAUUGGAUCGUUGAUCGUUUGUGCGAUGAUUUUCGAAAUCAUUCUGAUAAUAUGGGUGUAUGGAUCGAAAAAUUUGUACACGGAUCUGGAGUUCUCGCUUGGGCGACCCGUGCUAAAAGCAUGGCUGUUUAUCUGGGGGAUCAUUCCGGUGCUAUUGAUAGCGAUCCUGUCCUGGUGGACCAUUACAUACUUCGAUAACGACCUGUUGAUCGAUUACUUCCCCAAGUGGUUGCCGGUGGUAUUCAGUUUGGGUGUCAUUAUGCUCCUGGCAUGCGUGGAGAUCAGCAAACAGGUAGAUUACAACAUACUCAGCAUGAUCCAUGGGGCUACAAAGCCCUCGAAAGAUUGGGGACCUGCUGAUCCGUUGGUUCGGCAUGCUUGGAAACAAUGGAAGUCGGUCUGUGAAGAUACCGGAGAACGAGACUUCACACUGAGGCGGCGCGGUACCAAGGACUACACCAACUCCAUAAAAAAGGGCCAGUAUUCUCACUCUAACAAGUAUGGAUCAUCCAAUAAGAAUCUUUCAACCGCCGGUAGCAACUCACCCAACUACAGUGGGUCCGUCUUCGGGGACUCUGCCAUCGAAGAGGACAUCAGUGUAGACAAAUUCCCACAGUACAAGCAACAACACUCGGUAUACAGCGUCGAUUCCAACAAUGACAAGUCGCCGCACACUUCCUCCAGUUCGCGGAAAUCUUCCCACACUACUGACAAACGAACACCAAGCGAACGAAGCCAAGCUGGGCUGAUCAGCUCCAGGAAAACCUCCGACAAUAGCUUCACGUCUCGAAUCGAAAUUAUGGCCGAUGACCAUGCCUACCGAGGUGCAAUCGUACGCAAUCCACUGGCCAAGGCGGAUGCAGCUCAAAAUUUCAAAAACAACCAUAACCACCUGGCUCCACCGGUGCCGGUGCAUCACAUCGUCCCUAAGACGAACCAACAGGCAACGAAGCCACAGAACCUGAACCAAAAUGGCCAUUCAAAGAACCCCUACCCGGAGGAGGGAUACAACCGUGAUAUCUACAUCAGCAAUGGUCAACCGGAUCAUAUCUGUUGGCGCAAAUUUUCUGUCAACUCCGAAGAAUAUUCUACAGAGCUUUAAACACAGUGAACCGAAUUUUUAGCUAGACUUUUCUCUUCGGGUCUUAAUUUGAGAAAAAGCAAUUUGUUGAUUUUUUUUUUUUUUGUAAAUAUUAGUUUAAAAAGCGACGAGCUUAGAAUUUCAUCCUGCUAUGCCUCUAUGCAGUUAUAGGAAAAUUAGUGAACAUAUGUAUCAUAUAGGACCGUGGUAGUUGCGGGAAAGGCCAAACUUAUUUAUUAAAAUCAAACUGGAACCUAAAAGCGAAUCUAGUAUCAACGUAUUUUUUAAAGGUACUUCAACUCUCUCUUCCUAUUGAAUACAUACAAUAUAUAAGAUCUUUGUUGGUGACCAUACAGUACACUCCUUAGUGCAGUUUGUAAGUACGUACUUAAAUACAUUCCCUAAGUUCGUGUUAGGGUUGAAUAGGACUGAUUUAUAGAUGAUAUUUGUUUUUUUUUUUCUUUAAAAUAUUGUAAAAAAAAAUCUAACUCGACUUUAAUGUUAGCUGUUUGAAACGAAUAUAGAGCAGUGUAGCAAAACGCAUCCAUCGAUAGAAUGAGCACCAGUUGUUAAAGUUCAGCCAGAUUUGACAGUUUGUUUGCGAAAUCAGUCUCGCCUAAACAAACUUUCAGAUGCGUUUUGGAUCAAUUUGCGACAGGAACUGAUCCUGUUCUUAUUGGACAAUUCAUCGAGUGGCAAGUCACUUCUACCGAAUAAUUGGUUGGAUCUAAACUGGUUGAAUAGGCUAAUAAUAUAUUGAUAAUGUAAAUAUGCAAUGAAUCAAUAAAGUCAAACGA